AUGGUGUUAAAUUUUAUUUUCCUAUUAGUCUUACCCCACAUAUCUUUUCAGCAAUCAGUUUUAUCUGGUUGUCCUUGUACUUAUGAACAGCUCCACAAUAAAAAGUGCGAUGAUGAAUGUGAUAUAGAUGAAUGUGAUUUCGACAAUGGAAGUUGUGAUUCUUCUAGCAAAGACUUCAGCUAUCUUGACGUCAUCAUUAUUUCGUGCAGCACAGUUGGAGUUAUAACAAUUUUGUAAUAUAUUAAAUUCAUAUAAUUAAAUAUGGCAUCUCAGUCACGCCUCAAGCAUAUAUAGCGCUUUCCCGAGGAUGGCGCGGAAUGGCGCCAUCCUCGGGAAAGUCAACUAAGCAUCCACACGGGAACUGGGAGUUCCACGUGUGGAUGCCAUUUUUGACAUGUGGGAUCCAAACUUUCACAUGUCAAAAUGGCAUCCACACGUGGAACUCCCAGUUCCCGUGUGGAUGCUUCCUGGCUUUCCCGAGGAUGGCGCCAUUCCACGCCAUCCUCGGGAAAGCGCUAUAUUUAAUUAUAUCUGGAAAGGCUAUAGGGAAAACUCUAUAGUGUGAAAUCAGGAGUCACGCCCUAAGCUCUGAGUUCGACCUUUUUGCUGACAGCCUACCAGAAAUUCCAUUUUUUGGGCACAUACAUUAAAUUGGCUUGGUGAAUCAACCCCCUGCAAAUCGAUAUUCGGAAGGGUGCUGGGGACUUGAAGAAGGACUGGCGUUCGAUAUGUGCAUCCUACUAGGAUUUUCUUGGUUGGACGACCGCAGGCUACAAUGCAAAGUUUUUAACUCAGAGAGAGAUGGGUCCGGAAGUUGGAAAGGGGUUUCAAGCAGUGUCAAUGGCAUUCUCUUGGCCAAUAGAAACUAUUCCCUAGCGUGAAAUCAGGAGUUAUGCCUUGGCUACAGGCUUCCAUCUUAACAGAAAGUCGACUAGAAUAUUCAACCAUUAGAAUUUCAAUGGUGGAUAGCAUUGCUGGAGUAUGGCAUGAUGAUCCAAAACUUCUGAUUACAAGGGACUUGCACAGGCCCAUGUCUGGCAGGAGCAAGACUUUGAAGGCCUUGAGACGAUUGUCGGGUGAAGCAGGCAAAUGGAGCCUUAUGGAGGGAAUAAUUAUCUUUAGAUCCCGACAUGGAGUUUUUCUAUAAUCUAACUAAGUACAAUUGAAAUUUUUGCGCAGGAACCCAUGUCAAUACUCAGGAGAUGGGAGGACAGCCAUCGAAAUCUGAACGCCUGAAGCCAAGGAGCCAUUGAGGGUGAAGCCAGGUGGUUCAUGAGUAAUUGGUGGACUGGGGAACCCUGAAGAAUGGUCGGAAGUCCAUGCAGUAGCGGAAGGGUCCCCUUUAAUUAAUUAAGUGUGUACAGCAUAUUAAAUUCAUAUAUAUAUCGCUUUCUUAAUUUACAAUAAUUUUAAUUUCAUGCAGAAAUUAAUCUGAAUUAUUUAUAAUAAAUACUGAAUUUUUCAAUAUAGAGUUUAUUUAUUUAGAGCUGUUUGCUGCUAUCUAUCAACUAAAAUCAAUUUUUGGGAUUGAAUUAACAAUAUACGAAGGCAUAUAAUUCCAGACAAUGACGGAGAUCAUCACAUAACGAAGCGGCAAUUACAUCAAGAAGCUUCAUUAUUUAUAUAUACAGAAAAUGUUCAGUUUGUAGGAGAGCCUACUUGUGCAAUUUGCCUUAUGGAUUUUAAAAGGAAUGAUAGUGUGAGAAUUACAAAAUGCAAGCAUAUGUUUCAUAUGAAUUGCAUAGAACAAUGGCUGGUCACAGCCAGACGUCCAAAGUGUCCUGAUUGCAAUAAAGAGUACAUUUCUAACGAGUUUUUUGAAUAA